AGAGCGUGUGUAUGUCGUGUUUGUGUCGAUUCUCCGGGUCAACCGAAAAAAAGGUGAGUGUGCGUCAAGAGAGUAGAGAGGCUCUCUCACCUAGUGACCGUGAUUUUCACUCAACUGCGGACGGAGGGAGAGAGUUUCACUUCUAACCUCAAUACGAACGUCCGCGCGCGCGUGUGCCGCUCCGUUCCGGCUUCGCCUUUAGCCGUCGCUGUUUGUAUAACGACCAGACGAAGACGACACGUUAUUUUCUAUUUUUUUUCAAGAGAAACAUUCGAACGACUCCUUUUCCAGCGUCCUGUCCUCGCUCUCUCGUCGUGACAUUACGUAAAUUCACGCCGGAGCCUCGUUGUUUUUUCUCUCCCUUUUCACUUUAUUUCACUGCUUACUUUAGGACAAUGAUGUAACAAGCUUUAUCGGUAUUAUAAAGUUUGUUUUUUUUUUUUUUUUUUAAGGAAAAUUACGCGCUCUUUGAAGGGAGAUUAGUACUCGGUAUUAUCAAUAUUAACUAUCUUUUUGUGUAAUCAUGUGGCCUAAGGAUGUGGGUAUCAAGGCAAUGGAAGUUUAUUUCCCAGCCCAGUAUGUGGAACAGACAGAGUUGGAGAAGUUUGAUGGAGUGUCAGCGGGGAAGUAUACGGUUGGUCUUGGACAAUCCAGGAUGGGCUUCUGCAAUGAUAGAGAAGAUAUAAAUUCAUUGUGUUUGACAGUCGUGCAUCGAUUGCUGGAUAGAUAUAGUAUUAAGCCGGAGGACGUUGGAAGACUGGAAGUUGGCACUGAGACCAUACUGGAUAAAAGUAAAUCGGUUAAAUCCUGCUUGAUGCAGCUGUUCGAGCCAUCGGGUAAUACAGAUUUGGAGGGCAUCGAUACAACCAAUGCUUGCUACGGAGGGACCGCUGCUUUAUUCAAUGCCAUUUCCUGGAUAGAAAGUAGCGCCUGGGAUGGACGACUGGCCAUUGUAGUCGCGGCUGAUAAUGCUGUUUACGCGAGUGGUACCGCUAGGCCUACGGGAGGUGCAGGAGCCAUCGCUAUGCUGGUAGGUCCCGAUGCACCUCUGAUUUUCGAUCGUGGACUUCGUGCAUCCUGUAUGAGACACGCCUAUGAUUUUUAUAAGCCAGAUUUGCGCUCCGAGUAUCCUGUCGUUGAUGGGAAGCUUUCGAUUCAGUGUUAUCUCAGUUCUUUAGAUACCUGUUAUCAAAGGUAUUGUGAGAAAGUAAGGGCUAAACAGGCUGAUCAUAAUGUAACACUGAGCGAUUUUGACGCAGUUCUUUUCCAUUCGCCGUACUGUAAACUUGUUCAAAAAUCAUUUGCUAGAUUAACAUUAGUUGAUUUUUUGAAUUCAUCAAAAAGUAAGUCUUUUGAGAAUCACGUGGAUUUACAAAAAUACAGCAACGUCACAUUGGAGGAUACUUACUUUGAUCGUGAUGUAGAAAAGGCAUUUAUGAUAUUAAGUAAAGAUGACUUUGAGAAAAAAACUAAACCUAGUUUGUACAUAGCUAAUCAAGUAGGAAAUAUGUACACACCGUCCGUGUAUUCUGGACUAAUGUCACUUUUAAUCGAUAAGCCAAUCGAGGCUUUAGCUGGAAAUAAAGUUGGAAUAUUUUCUUAUGGGUCUGGUCUUGCAUCUAGUAUGUAUUCAUUGACAAUAACUAAAAACGUAUCCGAAGAUUCGCCGCUAAUGAGAUUAGUCUCAAAUCUCUCUUACGUCAAGUCUCAAUUGGAAACAAGACAGCAAGUAAAUCCCGAAGAUUAUACUAAAAUAUUAGAAUUAAGAGAAAAGAAUUGCCACACUAUACCGUUUGAGCCUCAAAGCAGUAUUGAUAAUAUGUUCCCAGGAACCUAUUAUCUUGUAAAAAUUGAUGAAAUGUACAGAAGAACUUAUAGAAGAAUACCAAAUUUAAAAUAAUUAUAUUUUAUCAAUCGAGGAAAAACGUUAGUG